AUGAGAUUCUGUGGCGGGCUGCGCCCGAUCAAUCAUAUAGACUAUUUCAUUACACUCCAUAGAUUCUUCCAUUCCCGAUCGCCGAUCCGCGGCCGCUACGAACGCGUACACUCCGAUCCUCGGCCAUUCCCGAUCGCCGAUCCGCGGCCGCUACGAACGCGCGUAGCAUACACUCCGAUUCUCAGCCAUUCCCAAUUGCCGAUCCUCGGCCGCUAUGAACGCGCGUAUAUUCUUCCGCCCCGAAGCUCCACCACAUACACCAUCACAUACAUGUAUAAAUAUCCACCUUGA